CACCCGUUCACGAAAAGUCUCGCGAGAAUAGGCUUUCCCAGUUACCCAGGGAAACGAGAGUUUGAUUCAAAGUAAACCCCGGUGAAGUGCGUUCUGCAUCUAUUGUAUGAAUUUUGCGGAUGUUUUGGGUGACUUUUGCAAGGAAUAACUCAAUGAAAAAAUGCCUUCGCCUCAAGGAUUGCAGCCGGUCCUGAAGAUGAAGGUAGACGAGCUCUUCCUGAAUUGGUUGAGUGAGCCAAGCAUCCAGGAGAUGCUAAAAUGCUACCUCAGAAAGAUCAAGAAUGGAGAUGAGCUUGAGAUUGAAAAGGGCAACUGUAAUUUUACUGAAAACAACAAUAUUGCCCCAAACUAUAAUGUGACAGAGAGGACUUCUGCAUCUCUCAGUGCUCCCUGUAGCCCCCCCUCAGCCACACUGCCAUCUGGGAGUGGCAGCAGUAACAGAGCAGGACCAAACAGCAGGGCAUUGAGACGCUCCAUCAGCGUUAAAAAGGCUCAGCUUAAGAAAGAGGAGGCCGUUUCACCAGCAUUAAGCGAAAGCAUUCCGAAGUUCUAUUUCCCUCGAGGGCGGCCCAAAGCCAAUAUCAACAUUGACAAUCUCAUUUCCAAGAUAGAGAAAAUAUUUUCUCAGUUUCCCAGUGAAAGAGUAACUAUUGAGGAUAUGGGGAAGGUUGCCAAGGCCUGCGAAUGCCCACUCUAUUGGAAGGCUCCAUUGUUCUUCGCUUCUGGGGGAGACAGGAGGGGAUAUGUGUCCGUUCACAAAUUCGUGGCAAUGUGGAGAAAAGUGCUACAGAACUGUCAUGAUGAUGCAUCCAAGUUUCUUCAUCUCCUGGCCAAGCCUGGCUGUCCUUAUUUGGAGCAAGAGGACUUCAUCCCAUUCCUGCAGGAUGUGGUGGAUUCACAUGCAAGCCUUGCUUUUCUGAAGGAGGCCUCAGACUUUCACUCACGCUACAUUACCACAGUAAUACAGAGGAUAUUUUAUAACGUCAACCGAUCAUGGACGGGAAAAAUAACAUGUUCAGAGCUGCGGAGAAGCAGUUUUCUUCAGAAUGUGGCAUUACUAGAAGAUGAGGAUGAUGUUAACCAGCUGACUGAGUACUUUUCCUAUGAGCAUUUCUAUGUCAUCUACUGUAAAUUCUGGGAGCUGGACACUGACCAUGAUCUGUACAUAGACCAGAGGGACAUGGCACGGCACAACGAUCAAGCCAUCUCCCACAGAAUGAUUGAAAGAAUUUUCUCAGGAACUGUAACAAGAGACAGGAAGGUUCAUAAAGAAGGCCGGUUGAGCUAUGCUGACUUUGUGUGGUUUCUUAUCUCAGAGGAAGACAAGAAGUCUGAAACCAGCAUCGAGUACUGGUUCCGGUGUAUGGACGUGGAUGGCGAUGGCGUUCUGUCCAUGUACGAGCUCCAGUACUUCUAUCAGGAGCAGUGUCAGAAGCUGGAGGCCAUGGCCAUUGAACCACUGCCUUUUGAGGACUGUCUCUGCCAAAUGCUGGAUCUAGUCCGGCCUGAAUCACCAGGGAAAAUCACCCUCCGGGACUUGAAGAGAUGUAAGCUAGCUCAUAUAUUCUUUGACACUUUCUUCAAUAUUGAGAAAUAUCUGGAUCAUGAGCAGAGGGAUCCAUUCAUGGUGGCAAAGGAUGUUGAGAGUUUGGGACAGGAGAUUUCUGACUGGGAGCGAUAUGCUGCAGAGGAGUACGAUAUUUUGGUGGCUGAGGAAGCCGCCAACGAGCAGUACAAUGAUGGCUAUGACAAUCCCCUGGUUCCAAUUGACUGCAUCUCCGCUGAGUUUGACCUGUGCGGUGAGAAGAGGCACCUGUUUGAGUUUGCUAACCCUCACUGUAACCUGGACCUGGAUGAGUACAAAUACGCAGACAGUUUUGAAUGACGGCCACCUGCAGUGAUAGAAACAUCAAAACUCUCCACCGAUACACAAACCCCCAGCAGAGCACAGCAAGAUAGGCCACAUGCAACACAUAAAACACAUCAAUGCAGCCACAUGCAUGAGCUUACAAGUUCAUGUUUGUGUUCUGAUUGGCCAAAGAGUGUGUCCCAGGUUCUAGUUAAGAUACAGUACACCAAUAGCCUGGUGAAACACAUGAAGAGGAAGGCUUGUGCUCGCCCGGGACCCAGCAGUGUAGAACCAGCUGUACAGAGCCUUACAGCUCCUACAGAACUCUGCGCCUGAUCAGCACAUGAUGAGUGUUAGGACUGUUAGGCUCGUCUGUCUGCACACCUAACAAACGGCAGGUUAUUUUAAGAACAAUUGGAAUGAGCUCCAAGUGUAGAAUAUUUAACACACAAAUUGGCAAAUGGCAAACAUUCCACAUAUUAACCAAAGUGACUUGAGCUUGAUUACAUUAAUGUAUUUCUAGUAACGCUGUGUAGGUGUGUGAAAUGCCUCGCACUCAGAGCUCCUUGAGGGGGAAAAACUGUUUUACAAAGACUGUGCCUGCUGUCUGACUACUUCACAGAUGUGAACACUUGUUUUAAAUUAUAGAUUUAUUUAUAAAUAUUUGUACAUAUUUAUUUGGUGGUUGCUGUGUUUUGUUCGAAAUAAUGAGAUUUAUCUGAAUUUUAAAUAAAUCUUCUUUUUCUAUAAGAAUAUGUACUGUAUAAUGGUAAAUUAAGCCCUUUUUUAAAGAGUUUAAUAAAGUAUUAAAACUUCA